AUCAGAUCCAUCUCAACUUUAGUUGUAACCCGACGUAGAAGUUUUAUAGUUUAAGGCAAUCAAAGGAAAUUUAAUUUAGCUCUUCAGAGUGAGAAACGGGAAAAAUGCAGAGGGCGAAGGAGGCUGCUUCCAAUGUUGCCGCGUCAGCCAAGUCCGGCAUGGAGAAGACCAAAGCCACCAUGGAAGAAAAGGCUGAGAAGAUGGCUACGCGGGACCCAGCAAGAAAGGAGAUGGCGGCGGAGAAGCGCGACGAGAGGUACCAAGAGGCGGAGCUUGGAAAGCAAGGAGCUUACGAUCAGAACGCCGCCGCGAAACAGACUCGCGGCGUGGGUCAAGGCUUCACAACUGGAGGAGGGCGAGCCGGGGAGGACUAUCCUGCUGGUGGAACCGGCGCUUUUGAGGGAGCUCAGUAUCCUUCCGGUGCCAACACCGGGAGUAGAGCCACCACUGGAACCACCGGCACACACGGCACUCGCCGGCCCUCCGAUGAUGAGCCUGAUAUCGUGACUCCUAAUGUUGGUUUCGAUGCUGGUCCCACUUUUUAGGGCUGUGUGCUACCAUCUAGGAUUUCAUCAUAUGUUUGUGGUCAUCAGCACUGUUCACAUAAACAGCUAGCUUUUUACCCCUAAAAUAAAGGACUCUUCCAGUCUCUUGGUGUUUUUCUGUUGGUUAGGCCGACGUUGUUUAUCCCGU